AUGAAUCUGAAAAUAUUCUUGAUUUCUACAAUAACUGCCAUCUCUCAAAAAGCUUGCAAGGAGGGAAUAUGUAUUGCGUGCUACGAAAAAGUGUUUAUCAAUUUGGAGAAAAGCCCGAUUGCUGAAAAAUGCGGGAUGUUGUUGCGGAAGCAGUGCUGUAUUCAGUAUUUGAUCGUUUCAAAUGGAAUGGGCUUGCCCGCUCAUGGAAAAACUAAUUGCAAAAAUCUACCCGAAGAAAAUGGACCUCUGAUGAACAUUUUUUCCACCGAGGAAGAAAAAAAACCAAGCCAAGAGGAAAUUGAACUCGGCCUUGAAAACCUGGACGAAAUCGCCGGAGAUUACUCGGACACCUAUCAAGAAGACCUUGAACGCUGCGCAGCCGAACGAAUCGCCCAAAGAGAAUCUCAAGUAAUCAAUAUGAUGAUUUAUGUUCUUCCAUUGACGGUGACGAUUAUGACGAUUUCUUUCAUUACUUACAGGUAUCGAAAAGGAAAUAUGCCAACUCUCGGUUCAAUAAGAAAAUAUCCCAAGAGUCCCGUUUUGACCGCAAGUCAGAGUGCGGUCUUUACAGCGGUCGCAGCUACAGAUGUCUCAAAGUGA